CGAUUCGGUCACGGAUAAGGAUGAAAAUGGUCUGAUUCCUGAAUAAUCAAGGCCACAUUUGGUGGCAUUGAUGCCGAAGAAACCCCUUAACGCCGAAGAAACGCCUCAGUGUCGAAGAGACGAGCAUGAAAGACGCGGAGAUUGGACAAUAAAACUAAUCUCACUUUCAGAGCUUAGAAAUACGCCCAGGCUCCCCUAAAUAUAUCGAGCUUCGCGAGUAUAAAGCCUCCCGACCUAGCCUCAUUCUCGGGAAUUUCAUUCAAGCGACAAGCCCUAAGAAUUCCAACUCACAUUCUAUACUUCUCUCAUCCACGUUUUCAUCUCCUAGUUCAAGAUGAGAUUCUCCCUUUCAUGUGUUGCUGCACUCUUCGCAGCUAUGGCGCUGGCCACUCCAGUGUCCGAAGAUGUGCUCGAAAAGCGGGACAAUCGUGGCCACUACACCGUCUCUGGCCUCGGAGCGCACAAGAAGGCAAUUCUCAAUGCUGGCGGCAACAAUCUCGAUAUUGCCAUUGCCAUGCUCGAGAUUUCGGAUAUGGAAACUUCCCACUAUCCCUAUGGCGACGCCAAGACCUACGACGCAGCGAAUUUCGGUCUGUUUAAGCAGAACUGGGGCCAACUCCGCGUCUGUGCCUCGCGCUACGGCUUUGUUGGCAAGUCCGAGUCGCAGUGGAACGAUGGAGCCUUGCUCAACUCUAAUGUGUAUGCGGACGUUGCCUCCCGAUGGGACUGCCAAAACUACUACGGGUAUGACAAGUGGUUUGCUGGCCACCGCAACGGUGCUAGCGGCCUUCAGAAUCCUUAUACCCAGGACAUUCUCAACUACAAAUCGGCUGUCGAGUGGAUUCAGCAGCAGGUCGACAGCAACAACGACUACAAGUAUGACGAUACUCGCUUCUGGGUUGACGUUGUUGCCAUCUAGCCAAAAGGUGGCUUUAUAGCCCCCAAUGGACACUUUUCGAUUGGAUCUACAGCCUUCGUUCAUGAUAUGGGCCUGAAGCUGGCUGCGUUGGCCCAUCCAAAAGUUCUAAGUGAUAUGGUUAUUACCUAGUUAUUUUAUAGCGAUUGAACAACACCACAACGCUAAGUGACGGUGGAUUUAGUGCCGAGAAUGGUUUACUUUAAGUGUUUCCUAGUCAUUAAAUAUUGUGCGUGA